UUCACCUCCCGCUGGCAAGUUCUCCGGUCAAAGCUUGCCGCGAUCAAGUCUCUGAUCUCUGAGAUUUCCAAUUCUCCGCACUGGUCGGAUAAUGCCCUCCUCCCGAUGCUUCUUCCCGAUCUCCAUUCCACUCUCGUCCGGGUACGAACUCUCUGUUUACAGUGCUCCGACCCUUCGUUUGUCCCCGGAAAGCUUCUGAUGCAGUCGGACCUCGACAUGGCCGCCGGUUGGUUAUCCAGGCAGAUUAACCAGCUCGAUGUCCUCUGCCGCUCCGGCGUCCUCCACCAGUCCACCGCAAUCGUCCUUUCCCACCCCUCCUCCGCCUCGACGCGGGAGGACUUAGUCCUGUUCAUCCGGGACAUCUUCACUCGCAUCCAGAUCGGCGGCGUCGAGUUCCAGAGGAAGGCGUUGGAGUCGCUCGUCCAGCUUCUCGCCGAGGAGGACAAGUCUGCGCCGCUGGUGGCCAAAGAGGGACAUAUCGCGUGUUUAAUUAAUCUUCUCGACCUCAACGCCGAUCUCGCCACUCGCGAGCUGGCUGUCAUCGCCGUCGCGGCGCUGGUUUCCGCCAGCUAUCUGGCGAGCAAGUGCGUGUUUGAAGAGGGCGGGCUGGGGCCGCUACUGAAGGUGAUCGAGUCUGGUUCGAUCGCCGCGAAAGAGAAGGCCGCCAUGGCGGUGGAAUGCAUCACGAGUGAUCCCGAAAACGCCUGGGCGAUCUCUGCAUACGGCGGCGUCCCUGCCCUGAUCGAUCUCUGUAAAUCCGGAUCAAUUUCGGCCCAAAUCCAUGGAGUCGGGUCAAUUCGGAACGUAUCAAUCAACGAAGACGUUCGGAUCGCACUAGCAGAAGAAGGUGCGAUUCCCGUUUUGCUUCAAUUACUGCUCUCCGGCCAUUCCUCCGCCGAAGAAAAGGCGGCGAACUGUCUGGCGAUCAUGGCUUCUUCCGGGAAAUACCACCGCGAUUUGUUACUCGAGGAAAAUGCGCUACAGAGAUUGCUUCAAUUUCUGCUCCACGAAUCUUCCAGCUCGAAUUCAUCGCACCAUAUUUUGCAGGCGAUUCAAUCACUCUCCGCUUACGAUUCAGCAUCAAAACAAUAUCUCUCUUCCUCCUCCGCUUUCAUUACCAAACUAGCAGAGCUUUUGAUGCACGGAAACACCAUGACGCAGUACACCGGUGCUUCAUUGCUCUCCGAUUUGGAGAUCAGAGAGAGCGACAAGAGGGCGAUUUCCGGGUGUAUGGGAAAACUGGUGAAAUUAAUGGCGUCGGCGAAGCCGGAGGGGAUGCAGGAGGCGGCCGGAAAUGCAUUGGUUUCCCUGUUGACUGUGAAGUCCAACCGGAGGGGUUUUGUGAGGGAUGAGAAGAAUCUGAUGAAGCUCUCGCAGAUGUUGGAUCCGAAGAACGAUUCGGUCUCGAAGAAGUUUCCGGUGGCGGUGGUAAUGGCAAUCAUGGCAGGGUGGUGGAGUAAGGGCUGCCGUCGGCUGCUUGUGGCCGCCGGAGUUAAUGUCCAUUUGCGGAGUCUCUCCCAGAUGCAGGUUGUUGGGGCCAAAAAGGCAUUACAGAAACUCUCGGGGAGCCGGUUUAAAAACUUAAUUACCUGCGCUUGGAUGCAGGAAUAAAGAUUAAUAAUUGGAGCCUUACUCACGAAGAGUUGUUGUUCUUGAACCAAGUUUCUCGGACUCAAGUUUGACCCGAA